CCUACCUCCGCCUCCUGAGCCACUGAGAUUUACAGGCAUGCGCCAUCGCACCUGGCUACAGACCUCACCAAAUUGCGGAGGCUGGCUUUGAACUCCUGAGUCCUGAGUCGCUGUGACUACAGACAUGCACCAUGGCGCCCAGCUUUUUAAAUACCAUAAUAUUGUCACCAGCAUGGGGUCUGAAGAAGUUCCCAGAAGGGAAAAGGGGACCUCAACCCUGAUCAAAGACAGUGCAUCACAGACAAGGGAUGUCCUCAAACAGCAUUUUAAUGAUUUAAAGGGAACUCUUGGGAAGCUACUCGAUGAACGAUUGGUGACCCUUUUGCAAGAGGUAGACACCAUUGAACAGGAGACCAUUAAACCACUAGAUGACUGCCAGAAGCUCAUCGAACAUGGAGUUAACACUGCAGAGGACUUAGUUCGAGAAGGUGAGAUCGCCAUUCUUGGUGGCAUAGAAGAACAGAAUGAGAAACUUUGGAGCUUUACCAAAAAGGCCUCACACAUUCAGUUGGACAGCUUACCAGAAGUGCCUUUACUGGUUGAUGUGCCUUGUUUAUCUGCUCAGUUGGAUGAUUCAAUUCUUAACAUAGUGAAAGAUCACAUUUUUAAGCAUGGAACAGUAGCCUCUCGCCCACCAGUGCAGAUAGAAGAACUAAUAGAGAAACCUGGAGGCAUCAUAGUACGAUGGUGUAAGGUGGAUGACGACUUCACAGCCCAAGAUUACAGGCUUCAGUUCCGUAAAUGCUCUUCAAAUCAUUUUGAAGAUGUUUAUGUAGGUUCUGAAACUGAAUUCAUAGUAUUGCACAUAGACCCCAAUGUUGAUUAUCAGUUCAGAGUCUGUGCCCGAGGAGACGGCCGGCAGGAGUGGAGCCCGUGGAGCGUCCCCCAAAUAGGUCAUUCUACAUUGGUGCCUCAUGAGUGGACAACUGGCUUUGAGGGAUACAGUCUGAGCAGUCGAAGAAAUAUAGCACUCCGGAAUGAUUCUGAAUCCUCAGGUGUUCUCUACUCCAGCGCUCCAACCUAUAUUUGUGGGCAGACAUUAACAUUCAGAGUUGAAACUGUGGGACAGCCAGACAGAAGAGAUAGUAUAGGAGUAUGUGCAGAGAAGCAGAAUGGAUAUGACUCUCUGCAGCGCGAUCAAGCUGUAUGCAUUAGUACCAAUGGUGCAGUUUUUGUAAAUGGAAAAGAAAUGACUAAUCAAUUGCCUGCAGUUACCUCUGGAUCCACUGUCACAUUUGACAUCGAAGCUGUGACUUUAGGAACUACCAAUAAUAAUGAAGGCGGGAACUUCAAGCUCCGAGUAACUAUUAGCUCAAAUAACAGAGAAGUGGUUUUUGAUUGGUUACUUGAUCAGUCUUGUGCUUCUCUUUACUUUGGAUGCUCAUUUUUUUAUCCUGGAUGGAAAGUAUUAGUGUUUUAGAGUUUUGGAUGCUUGGCAUUGAUUUACUGUAUUUGCCUCAUCCCAGUUUAGUUAACUUUUGUUGUUGUUGUUUAAAGUUAAAUUAAUCUUUCAGGCCAUUGGAAAUGAAAAGUGUCUACUGACAACAUUUUUAACAAUAGGAGAGUUGAAUGGUGUGGACAAAACCAUAAUUCAGUCAAUUUUGGUUUUAGCACAUUAUUAAUAAAAAUAGAAAAUUACAAUAAAAUCAAAUUAGCUUUAAGUGUCUGGGGAGAUAACAAAAAAUCCUAUACCCCUUCAUUGUAGAUCUUAAAGUUGGUUUAAUGUAACAUUUUAUUAAAACUCUUUCAGCAUCCAAGACCAUUGUAAAACUUUUUAACAACUGGAGUAGACCAGAUAAGAAGCCAGAGUUCUGUAAAAUUCAUUCACUUGUUUUUUCCACAUGAGUGCAUUGACUGUGUGUUGUAUGUUCAGGAAUUUGAAAGCAGUGUUAGCGUUUAUCCCAUUUUCAUUAAUCUUUAAGUCUAAAAAGCUUUAUGAUUUUUUUUUUUUUACAAUGCCUGAGUCAGUGUCUGUAAUAGGCAAGUAUUGUCUUUUGUUCUUGUAGUUUGAUUCAAGAUAGGAUAGAAGAUGCAGGGUGCAAUGGUUCACAACUGUCAUUUCAGCAAAUCAAGAGGCUGAGGCAGAAGGAUCACAGUUGAGGUCAGCCUCAGUAACUUAGUGAGACCCUGUUUUAAAAUAAAAAGGGUUGGGGAUGUGGCUCAGUUGUAGAGGGCCCUGGGUUCAAUCCCUAGUAUUGAUAAAAAUAAAUAAAUAAAUAAAUAAAUAAAUAAGAGAGAGGGAGAGAGAUAGGAUAGAGGAUUUUGUACAGGGUGAAACUACUUAUGGAAGUAGUAAACGCAGCAGUGUUAGUCAUUUCACAAGUACAUUAUAUGUACAUGUGUGCCUUCAGGGUCAAUGAUAUGCAUAUUGCUAUUUGUAGUUACAAGCUCUAGUCCAGUUAAUGUCAGUUUGAUAAAUGGUCCGUUAGUGGGCCAAAGAAAUAUAGGGUAAAUACUUGACCGAUUUUUUUAAACUUAAAUUUGUAAGAUAUUUAUUUGAGGGACUUAAUAUGUAAAAAAAUAAUAGCCAUACCUUGAUAUAGCAGCUUACAGAUUUUUUAAUGUGAAAAGUAAUUUUUUUUCAUUUUUAUCAGUAAUAGAAAAAUGGAAAAGCAAGCUUGAUAUUUUUGUAAGAUAAUUUAUUUUGGGGCUCAUGUUCCCUGUUAGACAAUCGUGACCAAUUUUCUCCUUGCCUUUUUAUGUGUAAGUGCCUUUCACAUGUUUAGUGACUGUAAAGAGGUUCCAGAAUGUAGAUGCCUUGCCCAGCCAUCGGAAACAAAAUAAAAAGCUCAAAUUUAAA